UGAAUGCGAGGUGUCCGGGAUACGUCACGUCGUUGACGUCAUAUAGCGGACCAAGCUAGAGAUCUACCCCGAAAGUGGCCGACCCCGCAUCAUUGAGAGCGAAUUCUCCCUCCUUCCAGUGCCUUCGGUGGUCGUCUUUCUUGCAUUGAUGUAUGUUGUCGUCCUCUUGCUCAACCAACAAACAGAACCACCGAGGGGAGGGCUUCUGUAGGGCGCAGUUGGGACACGACGCGAUAAGAGGAGUAAUCUACUCUCAACCGUGAAUGCUUUUCUCUGCCGCUGUUGUGCUCGAACCAUCAUCGAGCGGAGAAAUUAAUUAUUCAGUGAGCUUCAGUUGUGAUAGCACGGCGUUGUUGUCACCCUUCGUUCGUAUUUGAAUGCGACGACUCGUACCACGCAGCAGUCAGUGUCAGCUGGACCGAGGCCGAGUGCGGAUGCAAAUUUGUUGCUGCUGUACUCCAGGGAGAGCAUAAUGAAGACCUGCAAGGAAACCGCCGUACAAGUGUUGUUUAUUGGACUGUCGUUGCUGUUGGUGACCGGUGGCCACGCUAAGCAUGUGAUCGACAGCCAGGAACGUGCUGCUGUGCCCCAGUUUGUGGCUGUGAAUGAUCAGCCAGUUAUCGGCAUCCUGUCACAGGAGCUGUCCUACUCGAUGACGCAAAACUAUGGCGAUGAAGGUUACGACAGCUAUAUUGCGGCUUCGUACGUGAAGUUCGUCGAGGGUGCUGGUGCUCGGGUGGUCCCAAUCUGGAUCAAUCAACCGGCGGACUACUACGAGAACAUUAUGUCCAACCUGAACGGGGUGCUGCUUCCGGGUGGUGCUACAUGGUUUAACCAGAGCAACGGUUAUGCUGACGCUGGACGACACAUUUACGAUAUCGCCGUGCAGUAUAACGAAAAUGGAGAUUACUUCCCUGUGUGGGGUACCUGUUUGGGCUUCGAGCUGCUCACGUAUCUGGCUGCGAAUGGAGCGGAACAUCGGGCACACUGCAGCUCCAAUAGUCAAGCGUUGCCGCUGAACUUUAAGAACGAUUUCCGCAACAGCCGUAUGUUUGCCGAUGCGCCGAACGAUGUGAUUGAUAUCCUGAGCAACGAGCCGGUCACGGCCAACUUCCACCAGUUCUGUGUGACCGAAGCGAACCUGACGGCGUACGGAUUGGAUCAGGAUUGGCGCGUCAUGUCGGUCGAUCGGGACUGGAACGGGAUGGAGUUUAUCUCGACCAUCGAGCACAAGAACUACCCGUUCUACGGCAUUCAAUUCCACCCGGAGAAGAACAUCUACGAGUGGGUGCAGAAUAAGAACAUCUCCCACACCGCGAACGCCAUCCGGGCGUCGCAGUUCUUUGCCGACUUUUUCAUCGAAGAAUCGCGCAAAAGUGAGCAUCAGUUUGCGAGCGAAGCGAUGCUGGAGAAGCACGUCAUCUACAACUACCAGCCGACCUUUACCGGGCUGAAGCGGUCCAGCUUCGAGCAGUGCUACAUGUUCCGUGAAUCCCCGAAAGUGUUGCCCAAGGUAUUGAAAUCGAAAAAGCUGAAGAAGAAGACUGCCCAGCGUGAUCCGGCCACUAGACAGUAAACAAUUGGCAAAAACGACAAUGUUGCACACACAAUGUGCAUUAUCGGGGAAUUUAAAUCAGCGAUUGCCCAUGCCCCGUCAACGACGUUGAUAUCGACAAUCACCUGGACUGAUACCGUCGAGCCGUGACAGCUGAAAGGAACAUGAGACGGAAGGACGAUUGCGCUAUCUUAAUUAAUCGUGCUACCGUAAAAUAUAGAAUUGUAUUCACGUGCAAACGAAUCGAUCGGAUCGGAUGAGUUGAUACUUUUCCGCUAUCUGUUUAAUUUA